UCUUCUUCCUAGCUGCAAAACCAUUUCUAGGGUUUAUUACCAGUAGAAUUUUCUCUUAGUUAAUCUGCAAAAUCCCACCGGAGGUUAAAGAGACGGCGUCGUUCCGCUGUCCGCCUUGACAAGCAUCACUUUCAGCUUCGUCUUGGCCCUCGAUUUUGCCCCUUUUUCUUUUCUCUUCUCAAAAAAUCCCCAAAAAAAUCGAGACAGAAAUCCUAAUUUUCCAGAUUUUGUCGGAAACUUCAACUUAAUUCAACAAAAAUGGCUGUGAAACCAACCAAGGCUGAGAAGAAGAUCGCUUACGAUCAGAAGCUAUGCCAACUCUUGGACGAGUACAGCCAAGUGUUGAUUGCAUCAGCUGAUAAUGUGGGUUCGAACCAGCUUCAAGGAAUUAGACGUGGUUUGAGAGGUGAUUCAGUUGUUUUGAUGGGAAAGAAUACUAUGAUGAAGAGGUCUAUUAGACUUCAUGCUGAAAACACUGGUAACGAGAACCUGAAAAAGCUCGAACAGUUGCUGGUGGGAAAUGUUGGUUUGAUCUUUACCAAGGGUGACUUGAAGGAAGUUAGGGAGGAGAUUUCCAAGUACAAGGUUGGAGCUCCUGCUCGUGUUGGUUUGGUUGCACCAAUUGAUGUCGUUGUCCCACCAGGCAACACUGGUCUUGAUCCAUCCCAGACAUCUUUCUUCCAGGUUCUCAACAUCCCCACCAAGAUUAACAAGGGUACUGUAGAAAUCAUCACUGCUGUUGAGCUCAUCAAGAAGGGUGACAAGGUGGGUUCAUCUGAGGCUGCUCUACUAGCAAAGCUUGGAAUUAGGCCGUUCUCAUACGGUCUUAACAUUGAGUCAGUUUAUGAUGAUGGGUCUGUCUUCAGCCCUGAAGUUCUUGACCUUACUGAGGAUGACCUUCUUGCAAAGUUUGCAACUGGUGUCUCAAUGGUCACUUCUCUUUCUCUUGCCAUCUCAUACCCAACUCUAGCUGCUGCCCCCCACAUGUUUAUCAAUGGGUACAAGAAUGUUCUGGCUAUUGCUGUAGCAACUGAUUAUGACUUCCCUCAGGCUGAGAAAGUCAAGGAGUAUCUCAAGGAUCCUAGCAAGUUUGCUGCUCUUGCUGCUCCCGCUGCUGGGGCUGCUCCAGCUGCAGGUGCUGCUGCUGCUGUUGAGGAGAAGAAGGAAGAGCCUGAAGAGGAAUCAGAUGAUGACAUUGGUUUCAGUCUCUUUGAUGACUAAGUUUGCUUGUUUCUAUGUUUCAAAUCUUAUAUUAGGUGUUAUGUUUCAAAAAAAUUGUUAUGUUUGAUUUUGUCAGCAACAAUUGUGUUUCACAGUAUGAUGGAUCUUUUUAAUUUAGUUUAAUUUUGUUCUAUCUGGCCUUUCUCAUUUUUGUCAUGCUUGUGCUUAGGCGUUUCAUGUAGUCAAAUAUAGAUCCUUUCUGCGGAAA